UCUCGAGCAGAACUCACCAGCCAAACUCAAGCUCUCUAAUAUCUCCGAAGCAGCAAUCUACAACAUGGCUCUGGGCAGCGAGAACCAUCAGUCCCUCUACUACGAGGACUCCUCUUCAUCCUCUGGCUCGACCUCUCCCAUCUGCGGUCCCUCGGUUGUCCGACGGAAUGCCCGCGAACGGAACCGUGUCAAGCAGGUCAACAAUGGGUUCAGCCAGCUCCGCCAGCACAUACCCGUGGCGGUGAUUGCCGAUCUGAGCAACGGACGGCGUGGCAUUGGCCCCGGUGCCAAUAAGAAGCUCAGCAAAGUUAGCACCCUGAAGAUGGCCGUGGAGUACAUUCGCCGGCUGCAGAAGCUCAUCGAUGAGAACGACAGUAGUCAGCAGCAGCAGCAGCAGUUGCAGCAGCAGCAGCAGCAACAACAACAGCUGCAGCAGCAGCAGCAUCUACAAUUCCAGCAGCAACGGCUGCAGCAACUCGAGCAGCAUCAGCAGCACUUUUACGCGUGGCAGCAGCAACUGCAGCUCAGCUCGCCCUCGGGCAGCGUGAGCUCCUGCAGCAGCAGUCUGAGCAGCAGCAGCAGCAACUACUUCCCAGGCGCAGCAGCAGCAGCGGCAGCACCACCGGCCACCACAUCCUCCUCCGCCUCGAACAUUGUUGCCAAGCUGGAGACCAGCUAUGAAGACUACCGCAACAACUCGUGCAGCUCUGGGGCCGAGGAUGAGGACAUACUCGACUACAUUUCCCUCUGGCAGGAUGAUCUGUAGGGAGUCAUCCCCCCAUCCUGCAACCGCUAGUCGCACACACACACACACACCCAACCAUUGAUUGUAUUACCUCAUCUGCCAAGUAUUUAUAUUCCCCAAAAACCAACACUUUUUUUUUGCCUGUACAAAUUAGCACUUAAGGUUUUUAUGUAGUUUAUAGGACCGUUCCUAAGAUUUAGCUGUGUAAUGGAAGACAAUGUAUGCUUAAGAAUAUCUUUUUUUUUUUUUUUUUAAUAUAAAUAAAAAAACA